AUGGGCGAGAAGCAAAAUGUGGUGGUGGCGGCCGAGAAUCUAAAACGAUUCACAUUCGUCGCCAUCACAAUUUCUACUAUCGCCUUUUUUACUGCCAUUAUUGCUAUUCCUAUGCUAUGCAUUUACAUGCAGAACGUCAAUUCUGAAGUUCAGGAUGAGCUGCUUUACUGCCGAACAAAAGCCAAUGGACUUAGAGGAGAAUACACUAAACUGUCAUCUACACGCUCGCAUCGUGAAAAGCGUCAAGAAGCAGUGCAACUACCAGAGCUAUGCUGUUCUUGCGGCAUCGGCUCUCCAGGGCCCGUAGGACCUCCUGGGGAAGAAGGUGAUCCAGGCCAAGAUGGCCGUCCUGGGCAGCCUGGUGCACCUGGAGCUGACGCGCCGAGCGAGACUACGCUCCCGACUGCUGCCGAUUUUUGCUUCGAUUGUCUUCCAUCACCUCCUGGAAUGCCAGGUAUUCCUGGACAAAUGGGCCCUAUCGGUCCACCAGGAUCGAUUGGAGAGAUUGGUAGCAGAGGAUCUCCAGGGAACCGAGGACCUCGUGGUCCACCGGGUCCACCAGGAAGAGCUGGUGAAAGUGGUAAGCAAGGCUUACCUGGCAUGCGCGGUGCUGUGCGAAUGCUUCCAUCUCCACCCGGAACUCCUGGAUCAGAGGGAGAGCGUGGACCACAAGGACCACCUGGCCCUGAUGGAAAUCGCGGUCACGAUGGAAUGCCUGGAAUGAUGGGACCAAUGGGAGAUAAUGGUGCGGAUGGUGAACCAGGAAAAGAUGGUGAAGAUGGUGAACCCGGAGAACCAGGGCAAGACGGUCUUAAAGGGUCAUGUGAUCACUGUCCUCUCCCUCGUACACCGCCUGGUUACUAG